GAACCUCUGCCCUCCGGAUCUGUGAGCAGCCCCUCCAGUGCGAGAUUGCCCACCAGCUGGGACACGACCCCGUGCGCUAUGACCUCACGGGCUGGCUCCACAAGGCUAAACCCAAUCUUGCAGCUCUGGACGCCCCCCAGGUCCUGCAGCAUUCCAGCAGGGAGGAGCUGAGGAGCCUGUUCCAGUCCCGGGCCAAGCUGUCCCCUGUGUGCCGGGCCGUGGCCGGCCUGGAGGGCACCUCCCAGCAGGCCCAGCAGCGGAACUGCGCGGUGCGGAGGACAUUCGCCAGCAGCCUGGCCGCGGUGAAGAGGAAAGCCCCCUGCUCCCAGAUCAAGCUGCAGAUGGAUGCAUUGAUCAGCGUGAUCAGACGGUCGCAGUUACACUUCAUCCACUGCCUGGUGCCAAGCGCAGCGGUGGAGAGCAGAGGUGGGCCCGGGUCUCCGACUCCGCCACAGCCCGGUGGAGACAAGCCUGAGGCGGGCUGGUCCCUCCCCUCAGACAUCCCCGCACUGAGGGUGCAGCUUGCAGGAUCCUACAUCCUGGAGGUGCUGCGUCUGCACAGAGCAGGCUACGCUGACCACAUGGGGCUCACUCAGUUCCGCCGAAGAUUCCAGGUGCUGGAUCCUGUGCUCAUGAAGGAGCUCACAUCAGCACCUGAAGGAGUGGGUGAGAGGAAGGCCGUGGCGCAGCUCCUGCAGACACUGGACCUGGAGAAGAAGGCCGUGGCCAUGGGGCACAGCCAGGUCUUCCUCAAGGCGGGUGUGGUGUCCAGGCUGGAGAGGCAGCGGGAAAAGCUGGUGUCUCAGAGCAUCGUCCUGUUCCAGGCGGCCUGCAGGGGCUUUCUGUCUCGCCAGGGACUCAAGAAGCUGAAGAUUCACCGGCUGGCCGCCCGGUGCAUCCAGAAGAAUGUGGCUGUGUUCCUGGCGGUCAGGGAUUGGCGGUGGUGGCGGCUGCUGGGCUCCCUUCGGCCCCUGCUGAGCGCCACCGUCGGAGAGGAGCAGCUCCGCGCUAAGGAGGCGGAGCUCACAGCACUGAGGCAGAAGCUAGAGAAGUCAGAGAAGUCUCGGAAUGAACUCCGGCAGAACGCAGACCUGCUGGAGAGCAAGAUCGCUGAGCUGACCACAGAGCUGGCCGAUGAGUGCUUCAAAGGGGACGUGGCCUGCCAGGUGCUGGAGAGUGAGCGGGCAGAGCGGCUGCGGGCCUCUCGGGAGGUCCAGGAGCUAAAGAGCAAGUUUGAGCAAGUCCAGAAGAAUCUGGGAGAAGUGGAGAAGCGGUUGGAGGAAGCCCAGCAGAAAAUUCAGUUGAAUGAUUUAGAGAGGAGUCACACUGGAGGAGCAGAUGAGUGGCAGAUGCGCUUUGACUGUGCUCAGAUGGAGAACGAGUUCCUCAGGAAGCGUCUCCAACAGUCGGAGGAGAGACUGGAGUCGGAGCUGGCAUCUAGGAAUGAGCUGGAGCAGAAGGUAAAGGGGGAAGAUAGUCUGGGUCAUCAAGGUCACAGAAAUAGGGCAAGGUCUCACCUCCCUCUUCGAGGUGUUUGCUCUGAAACGGCUGAUGCGCACGUGAGCCCCAAGUACCCUGUACAACAUGGAAUACUGAUUGUCCCUUGUUUGUGCUGGUUUGACGCGCAGCUGGCCCAGGCCCUGGGGGAGUGCGUGUUUGAGAAGGGCCUCCGCGAGAAAGUGGCCCAGGAGAACAGCAGCACCCGGUGUGAGCUGGGCAGGCUUCAGCAGCUCCUGGAGCAAAAGGAGCAGGAAAGCUUGCAGCUGAAGCAGGAGGUGGAGAUGCUGCAGGCCCAGAAGCAGGAGCUGCUGAGGUCACCCUCUCUGGGGGAGAACUGCAUUGCAGGCUUGAAGGAGAGACUCUGGAAGCUGGAAUCCAGCGCCCUCGAGCACGAGAAAGUCCAGAACCAGCAAGAAAACACCAUCAAGCAGCUGGAGCAGGUCCGCCAGCGGUUUGAGCUGGAGAUUGAACGGAUGAAGCAGAUGCAUCAGAAGGACCGUGAGGACAAGGAAGAGGAGCUGGAGGACGUCCGCCAGUCCUGCCAGAAGCGGCUCCGCCAACUGGAAAUGCAGCUGGAGCAGGAGUACGAGGAGAAGCAGGUGGCCCUCCACGAGAAGCAGGACCUGGAAGGCUUGAUCGGAACCCUCUGCGACCAGAUCGGCCAUCGGGACUUUGACGUGGAGAAGCGUCUUCGGAGGGACCUCAGGAGGACUCACGCACUGCUGUCAGACGUGCAGCUCCUGCUGGGGACCAUGGAGGACGGCAAGACGUCGGUCAGCAAGGAGGAGCUGGAGAAGGUGCAGAGCCAGCUGGAGCAGAGUGAAGCCAAGUGUGAAGACGCCUUGAAAACCCAGAAGGCGCUGACGGCGGACCUGGAGAACAUGCACAGCGAGCUGGAGAGCAUGACCCGCAGCAAGAGCCUGGUGGAUGAGCAGCUGUACCGGCUGCAGUUUGAGCGGGCGGACCUCCUGAAGCGCAUAGACGAGGACCAGGACGAUCUGAACGACCUCAUGCAGAAGCACAAGGACCUCAUUGCGCAGUCUGCUGCCGACAUUGGGCAGAUCCAGGAACUGCAGCUGCAGCUGGAGGAAGCCAAGAAGGAGAAGAACAAGCUUCAAGAACAACUGCAGGUGGCCCAGAUGCGCAUUGAGUACCUGGAGCAGUCCACUGUGGACCGGGCCAUCGUCAGCAGGCAGGAGGCAGUCAUCUGUGACCUGGAGAACAAGACAGAGUUCCAGAAAGUGCAGAUCAAGAGAUUUGAGGUGCUGGUGAUCCGGCUUCGGGACAGCCUGAUCAAGAUGGGCGAGGAGCUCUCGCAGGCCGCCGCGGCCGAGUCCCAGCAGAGGGAGAACAGCCAGUACUACCAGCGGCGCCUGGAGGAGCUCAAGGCGGACAUGGAAGAGCUGGUGCAGCGGGAGGCCGAGGCCAGCCGGCGGUGCAUGGAGCUGGAGAAGUACGUGGAGGAGCUCGCCGCAAUCAGACAGACCCUGCAGACUGACCUGGAGACGUCCAUCCGGCGCAUCGCCGACCUGCAAGCAGCCUUGGAGGAGGUGGCGUCCAGCGACAGCGACACAGAGAGUGUCCAGACAGCAGUGGACUGCGGCGGCGGCAGUGGCAGAAAGGAGAUAGAUAACGUCUCCACCCUCAGCUCCCAGCCGGAAGGCAGUCUGCAGUCUUGGUUGAGUUGUACUCUGUCUCUGGCCACAGACACCGCAAGGACCCCCUCUCGACAGUCAGCCGUCAGCAGCCGUAUCCUCAGCCCCAGGACCCACGAGGAGGCCGGCGAUAGGGCCCGGGACGUCCGCAGCAGGACCUCGGGGGACAAGGCCAUGUCCCCGCUCUCCCGCCGCCGGGGAACGUACGGCCACUUUGGAGAUGGCGAAGAGUGCGGCAUCCAGAGAAAGGCCCCCGAGAGGCCGGGAGCACCACCCUCCCCGUCUUCCCAGAGUGGAGAUGCGUCCCCGCUACCGCGGGACAAGCUGCCCAGCCCGUCGGCCGCCCUGUCGGAGUUCGUGGAAGGGCUCCGGAGGCAGAGAGCGCAAAGAGGGCGGGGGUCGCCACUGGGCCUGGAGGACUGGCCCACGCUCCCCAUCUACCAGACCACUGGGGCGUCCACGCUGAGGAGGGCCCGGGCGGGCAGCGACGAGGGCGCCCUGGCGCUGAGAGCCAGGGCCGGCUCACCCCUGGAUGUGUCGGCCGGUCUCCCACGGUCCACCAGCCUCAAGUGCAUCUCCUCGCAGAGCGUGGGGAGCCCCAGCCCGCCCCCCGAGAAGUUGAAGACCCGCUUCAGCUCCUGCGAGUCCCUCCUGGAGUCGGGCCCCAGCUCGCGGAGGACGCCCAGCUCCCCGGGGGCUGCGCGCAGGGACCCGCUCUGGUCGCCCACGCUGCGACCGCGGAGGCGCUGUCUGGAAUCCUCGGUGGACGAUGCGGGCUGUCCGGACCUCGGCAAGGAGCCUCUCGUCUUCCAGAACCGCCAGUUCGCGCACCUGAUGGGGGACCCCCUGGGCAGCGACCCGUUCAGCUGGAAGGUCCCAAGCCUCAACUACGAACGCAAGACCAAAGUGGAUUUCGAUGACUUCCUACCAGCCAUCCGGAAGCCCGAGACGCCCACAUCCUUGGCCCGAGCGGCCAAAGAUGGGCGAGACAGUUCACAGCAUUCGAGCGUCCGCUUUGCGACAGAAGAGGCCGACCGGGGCCUUGUCUCCGGGAUCGGCACCGUUUUGAAAAGGAGUCCGGAGUCCAGGGAGGACCCCGCUCACCUCUCCGACUCAUCGUCCUCCUCCAGCUCCAUCGUGUCCUUCAAAAGCGCCGACAGCAUCAAGAGUCGGCCGAGAGCCCCCAGGCUGGAGGGCGACGGCGGCGAGCAGGCAUCCCCCGAGAACAGAGAGCAGGGCGCAGGGAGGAAAGAGGAGGACGUGGAGAGCAUCAUGAAGAAGUACCUGCAGAAGUAGGAAGCGACUCAGCUUCCUGGGACACACUGCCCUUGAAGACUUCCCGAUUCCACAACUGUCCGGAGAAAGAGACAAAGACUGGCCAGGCCUCCCUGGGGGCCCCAGGUCCACAGCCAGUGUGGCUGCCCUCGAGAGGCCAGGGGGCCCAGCCUCGGCACAUCCCGAGGGGUGUAGGGCUCCCAGCGUGCUAGGUCUGUACCCAAUAAAGCAUUGGCUCCUUGGAAUCUGC